AUGACGGAGGUAGAAAGGACUGCUUUCAGAGCUCGCAGAGCUGCCCAGACAAGAGGGUAUAGAGCAAAAAAGAAAGCCGAGAGCGAGCCCAAACCACCCCGUAUUGUGUCGGCAAAGAAUAUCCGCCGAAAUGCAAUGCGCAAGGCACAACGGGCUGGUGACGUGUUUCAAAGCGAGAAGGCCAAACUCCAGCAGAGGGCCGUCCGUGCCCGCCAUCGCCUGAAGAAAGUUGAAGCAGCUGGUGAUGCUCAGAGAAUUGAGGAGGCAGCAUUGGCGUUGAAGAUUGCCCGGGUGGAGCGGUGGGAGUUCGCGGUUGAACACGGCAAUUCAGUAAAGAUCGUGCCAUCGAAGGAAGACCGCAGGAUGGUAAAUGAGCACAGGGCUAAACAAGCUUCGAAUACAAACAUAGAUAGGAUUAUGCUGUUCUUUAAGGACGGGAAAAAUCUAGGGAUAUGA